CUCCAAGCGGUCCUCCAUUGAACAUCAAAACCUCAUCAAGAAGUACAUCAUCAUUGUCUUUCAUCUGGGAUCCUCCUGAGAAAGAUAAACAGAAUGGCGUCAUUAUCGGUUAUACUGCAUGUGUUUCACAUUCAGAAAAUGGUCCUUGCUUCAAAGUAUAUACCACAAUUGAAAGAGAGUGGAUCGUGAGAAAUUUGAACCCAUCAACAAAAUAUUAUGUUCGUGUUCUUGCCAGUAAUAAAGCAGGAAAUAGUGCUUACAGUGGAAGUAAAGGAUUUUUUACUAAUGGAAGUAAGUACAAAAUCAAUAUUUCGAUAUUGUCUGUGGUAAAGAAAACGCUCAUUCAGAAUUUGACGUUUGCCUACUUUUAUGCCGUUCAAAAAUCCUACACAGAGCUUCGUUCUGGCAAUACAUUUUACUCAUUAAUACUUUCACAUUUUCCUCCAGGAGCGGCAAAGAAGGCCACAGACAUGACAUCAAGUACGCUCACAUUUUCGUUGGAAAUUCCAUCAAAAACGUUUCUGUAAGUUUAUCGACUUUAUGAUGGUACCAUUAAAGUCUAGCUUCCGUGGUAGUAUAUACUUGUAAUAUACUGAGUCUGGACACUAUAUCUUGUUUUUGUAUACUGUAUGCAAAUCAUUUUUAAUUUUCAUUGCAUACACAAGUUGACACAUAGACAUAGUGCCAGCGCCAUGACCAAAUAGAAAACAAGCUUCCAUUGAGAUUAGUCUUAGAUAUUAGGAAGCUAUUUGGAUCUAUUGUUAUAUUUGAAGUAAGAAAGUAAAAUUUUGUUUGUAGUUAUUUCUACGUAGUGGCGUUAAAUCUAAAAGAUGGCAAGGAACCUGCAUCAUCUGACAGUUACCAGAACAGUGAGUUAGUGACGUAUGCCGAGGCAAGAAAUUCAACCAAUCCGAAACCUUAUAUCGCUGCAGUUGUUGCAUCAAAGGAUGAAAACAUGUUUAUACUUGGUGAUGGCAGAAAUACAAGUGAUCCAAUAUCACGAAGACGCAGAUCAACCUCAAGUGAUUAUUAUAAUGGUCCGCUGGAGCCUGGCACUAGUUACAGUAUUUUUCAAAGGAUUGUACUCAUCAGUGACAAGGUAUGCCACUUGUUAUGACAUCUAUUUGGAAACUAAACAGAAGUCAUCGUCUUAUGUUUUUUUGAAAUUUUUCUGAGUUUAUGUUCAUUUGAGCAUGGUCACGGUGAUUGAGCUCAUUGUAUUUCGUAUAAUAAAGUGAUCGUUUAAUAGGGAUAGCUGAGAUAAACGUGCAACCACGAUGAGUAAUAUUUAAUGAAGUUGAGACAAAGGAUUUGCGCACGGUGAGGUCCAGUUCAACAGCAAACAAAGGUUUUCUGUUUUGUAACUUUGCCGCGCUUCCAGACCAUCAUAUCGGCUUGAUAGACUAUGGUUAUCACACUUUAGCUUUCCUUAUCUAAUUUCUCCUCUAAAAGCAAUUUGGCAUUGACACACAUGCCAAACGUGCUAAGAACAACGCGAUAAAGUCUUUCGUGUAUCUAUAACAACGCUGAUAAAUUUCCAUUUACUUCCUUUACUUUAGAGUGAAUAUUCAGUCCACAGACUGGAGCUCUGCUUCAAAAACGAACGAAUAUGCAGGUAAAUACAGAAAAACUAUUUAACUGCAUUCAUAUAUGAGUUAAGUUAGAUAGUGAAGUCACGAGUAAAGAAUACCCUGUUGGUCGAGAUGAAAUGCCCAUGCAGCGUGGUUAUCGGCUAACGCAAGCUGUACUUUUGACCUUUCUGCAAUAAACGACUGCAAGGAACUAAAGAGAAUUAAAACAUCUAAGUCAACUGAGUUGGCUAAUAUACCUGCACGCCUCCUUAUAAAGGCGGCUGUAAUGCACUUGCUAAACCUCUAGUUAUCUUAAUGAACAAAUCACUUGCAGAAGGGGCCAUACCAUCUGACUGGAAAUGCCAUGGUAACUCCUAUGUAUAAUUAAAGUUAGUUCAAAGACGGAUCCUGCAAACUAUAGACCGAUCUCGGUGUUGCCAGCUUUUUUUAAGAUACUUGAGCGCGCUCUACAUACCAUGGUUUACCAUUAUUUCCAGGAAAAUCAACUGUUAACUACUUGUCAAUCAGGUUUUCGCCCGCUACAUUCCACCAGAACAUGCCUCAUUGACACAAAAAAACCCAAUUAACCCAUAAUAACGACAAAGGAUUGCUUACCGGUAUGAUAUUCCUGGUCCUAUCCGAGGUCUUCGAUACUCUAGACCACCAGAUGCAAGAAAAAUUAUCUCUAUUAGGGUUCAAUGCUUCCUCAGUCCUUUGGUUUAACGAAUAUCUUACAAAGAGGACACAAAGUGUCAUUAUAAAUGGCGUAGUUUCCGACCCUCAAUCUAUUCCAUUUGGAGUUCCUCAAGGGACAAUAUUCGGCCCCUUACUAUUUAUUGUAUAUAUAAAUCAAUAAAUGGAAUUACCAUCUGUAGUGAAGAACUGUAAAGCCUGAUUUCCACUAGGCGGAAUUAUGCGCGCGGAGCGACAUUUUCCGCGCGGAAACUGAAAAAGUUGAACUGCUUUCAACUUUGUGGCUGCGGAAAAUGUGGAAAUCAGGCUUAACAUCCAGCUGUAUGCUGACGACACUAUUUUAUUAGUAGGCUAACUCCAUUACAACGAUUGAGUCUAUUUUGUCCGAAUAUCUAAAUUGCAUAAUUCACUGCCUGAAUAAUUUUUUAUUAUAUUUUAUCUUACAAUCUAAAUAUUAUGGAAGAUAGAUCUUAAGAGGCGAACCAUUAGAAAUCCCGGGAGAGGGGAAAUCCCCCCCUCAAAAAAAAAAAAUUUGUGCAAAGAAAAAUGCCUGGAAAAAAAUUCGUGCAACCAUUACGUCAGAGUAAAAAAAUUCGUGCAAGCAAACAGCGAAGUACAAAUAGUAUUGAAAACAAAUUCGUGCAGAGGUUAAAUGCAUUAAAAAAAUUUCCAGCAGAGACGAGACUGAAAAAAAAGUUCGUGGCACAAACAUUUUAUACCCUCUCCCCCCCCCCCCCGGGUUUCUAAUGGUCAGCCCCUAAGAAGGCCAUAAAGGCCUUUAAUGACAUUCCAAAUUGUACUCAUUAGACUUUACCAUAUUUAGAUUGUAUGUAAAUAUUUAUGAUAUUGGUUGUAAUUGUGUAAGAUCUGCAAUUUUGUUUGUAGCCAGGGCUCCGCUCAAACCAGCUGCUGAAUCGGACAUCCCUGAAUAAAUAUUUUCUUCAUCAUCAUCAAUCCAUUAUUCGUAGAAAGUAGUGUUUGUCCAUUUGUUCGUCAACAACUUGUUCUUUGCUAGUUAUUUAAACAUUUCUUGUAUUUUUCGUUUCCCAAUUGGCCCUGGUGUACUGACCAAGCAAUCCAGUGGUGAUAUAAAGGCAAAGGAAAGUGAUCUUGUCAACCUACUGUGUUCUGCUCAAGGUGAACCUCCAAUUACUUUCAGCUGGAAAAAAGACCAGAAGCCACUGGACAGUAUCGUAGAAAUAGAAAAGCCCCACCGCAGUUCUUUCCUUGUUGUAACAGUGAAAGACCAAACAAGUUUUGGAAAAUAUAUUUGUCAUAUCCGAGACCGAUUUCAAAGCACUACUCAUACAAUUUCUAUCCAGAAAGAUACAGGUAAUACUACAUUCGACUUAUUCAUUUAUCACAAAUUUGCUAAAACAAAACCUAAGCAGUAA